CACCAGCAGCACUUUUCACCAUGGCAACCAACAGGGAACACCAAUUGCGUCACAUGACUGGCUUCCCCCGCGCUAUGUAUCCAUUCACCUUUAACUCGAUGCGGAGCCACUCCCCCUUUGACCUGUUGGCCAGCAGCAACCUCUUUGGUCGGUUUGGAGCAGACCUUCCUAAAGAGAUGGCUGCACUAUCGGUCGAGACCCAGAGCACCAGCUCAGAGGAGAUGGUGCCCAGCUCUCCAUCUCCUCCACCUCCUCCUCGUGUCUACAAGCCAUGCUUUGUGUGCCAGGACAAGUCAUCUGGCUAUCACUAUGGAGUGAGCUCCUGCGAGGGCUGCAAGGGAUUUUUCCGGCGCAGUAUCCAAAAGAACAUGGUGUACACCUGCCACAGAGACAAGAACUGUCAAAUCAACAAAGUGACCCGUAACCGCUGUCAGUACUGUAGGCUGCAGAAGUGCUUUGAGGUUGGCAUGUCAAAAGAAGCGGUGCGUAAUGACAGGAACAAAAAGAAGAAGGAUGUGAAGGAGGAGGUGGUGCUGCCAGAGAACUACGAGCUGAGUGGAGAACUGGAGGAGCUGGUGAACAAAGUCAGCAAAGCACACCAAGAGACUUUUCCAUCUCUGUGCCAACUGGGCAAAUACACCACAAAUUCAAGUGCUGACCACAGAGUACAGCUGGACUUGGGCCUGUGGGAUAAGUUCAGUGAGCUCUCCACUAAGUGCAUUAUAAAGAUUGUGGAGUUUGCCAAGCGGCUACCAGGCUUCACUACGCUCACCAUCGCUGACCAGAUCACCCUCCUCAAAUCUGCAUGUCUGGACAUCCUGAUGCUGAGGAUAUGCACUCGCUACACCCCAGAACAGGACACAAUGACCUUCUCAGACGGCUUGACUCUCAACAGAACCCAGAUGCAUAAUGCUGGCUUUGGCCCACUCACAGACCUGGUGUUUGCCUUUGCUGGUCAGCUGCUGCCUUUGGAGAUGGACGACACAGAAACAGGCCUCCUCAGUGCCAUCUGCCUCAUCUGCGGAGAUCGUAUGGAUCUGGAAGAGCCCCAGAAGGUGGACAAGCUGCAGGAGCCUCUGCUAGAGGCUCUGAAGAUUUACACCCGCCGCCGCCGCCCAAACAAGCCUCAUAUGUUUCCCCGCAUGCUGAUGAAAGUUACAGACCUUAGAGGAAUCAGCACCAAAGGUGCAGAAAGAGCCAUCACACUAAAGACUGAGAUCCCCGGUCCAAUGCCUCCACUGAUCAGGGAGAUGCUUGAAAACCCAGAGGCCUUUGAGGACAGCAGUGACUCAGGGGACAGCGCUGCCGCCACCACCGAAACCAAAGCCACCGCCACCGCUCCCCCAGCCGUUCAGGCCAUCAAGCAAGAGGAGAAAUCCACGUAUGAGUCUGAGACUGUCGAGGAGGAAGAGGAGGAGGAGGACGACGACUACUGGGAUGAGGAGAAAGAGCGAGGGGCGGACAGUGACGGGGAGGUCUGUGGGGAGGCGGCAGCAUCAGCAGCCGCGCCAAAGAUAGGUGUGACUGGAAAAACACAGUGA